GGCGGGAGAUGCUCCCGCCGGGGCGGCUGUUGCCGGGCAGCGGAGCGGCCUGAGGGAAGCGCUGAGGUGAAACCAUGCAGCAGAGGAGGCCGCGGGCCCCGGCCCCAGCCCCGGGGGUCAGCAGGCGGCGUCGAGCUCCCGGUGACAUUCCCGCGUCCACCAGCCUGCCGCCGCUGGUAGAGGGCCCUCCGCGCUGCGUCCUCCGCUGCACCGUCGGCAGAAUCGUGUGGACGGCCUCCAAAGCGCCCUCCGCCGCCGUCCUUGUUCGCCUGAGGUGGUGGGGUGAGACCUCGGACGGUACCGUGUUCCACCCCGCCUCAAAGCCGGGACAGGCGGCGGGCAGCAGCCGGUACGCCGUGCGGUGCGGGCCUCGGCAGCUCGCGGCCUACCUCACAGAUAUGGGCAUGCUUGUCCUGGAGGUCCUGACCAAACCUGACCGUCUUCCAGUUGGCAGAGUGGAGAUCACUGAAUUGUCCCAGCUCUCUCCCAGCCAUCCCAUCAGUGGGUUUUUCACCAUAGUUUCACCAACAGCUGAUAAACUGGGAGAGCUACAGGUUUCACUUGUUCUUGAACCUCUGUCAGACACAUACAAAACCAGCAGCUCUGUCCCAACCACAGGUGCAAGUUCAGAUAUGGCUCCUGCUCCAUCUCAGCGAGUGCAGGUCACUCCUCCUGGCCAAGAGCAAGUUAACAAAAGCAGGGUCACAACUCCCAGUUGGGGAAAGGACCAUUCGUUCUUCCAAGAGAACUCUGAAAACAUAAAGGAUGUUUCCCACCACCGCCUCAUUUUACCAGAUGAACAUUUGAAGGUGAAUCCUUCGAGUCAGCAGUCAGUGUCAUUUCCCAGCAGUGCUGAUCCUGAAGCUCCCCUCAGAACAAACACACACGUGUUCUCUUUGCACAACCCAGCUACAAAAGACCUGCUUUCAGUUCUUCUGGAUCAAGGCAAUAAACUCCGUGAUGCCAUGGUUGCUUCUGUGAUGAAGUCCAGCCCAGACAUGGAGACUGAACUGAAUGAAGUGCCUCCUUUUCUAAAGCCAGAUGGUUUCAGAGCAGCAGCUAAGAGACCCAAAGGCUUGAACUCAAGUUUUAUGCCUGCUCUUCAGGAUCCCCAUCUCUUUACAUCUGAAGUCACAGGUCAGCAAUUAGACCUCAACUCUGAGGAGAGAGCAAUACAGUUACUGUUGGGCAGUGCUGAUUUAUCUCCUGUGCGUUUCUGGGAUCAGCCAGGUUCCCUUCUGGAUUCUCUCUCUAUUGGGAGUGAGGUGUAUGACAGUGAACUCAAUGAUCCCCACUAUGACCAGAGUCUACUAGAAAGUCUUUUUUACACCACACCUAAGUCAGAUUCCAGUUUAAGUGAUUUCCUCAGUGAUGAAGAUGUUAACCCUUCCAAAAAAGUAAGCAAAACAAAAACAGUGAAGAAAGCUGAAGCUGUGAAUGCACAGAAGGAUUCCACUGCCUCAGAUCAGGAUCAGAAGGUGACAGAAAUUAAACCCAGCUGCUCUUCUACCAGACAACUUGCUCCUCCAGAUGUUGACGCAGAAGAAGCUCAUGUCACAUCCUUGAGUGUUGACAGGUUGGCUUUGCUGGGGAGAAUUCACCUGGCCAGAGUCAUCAUUGAAAGCCUGGGAAUCCCUCUUGAGAGCAACCAGAUUACACCAAGAAAGAAAGGUUCAAUGUGGAAGCCUCCAAGGCCUGCUUCUUUUAAUAAGUGUACCUUCUUUGUGGAGUACCACUUUCCUGUGGGAGCCUCCAAGAAUGAAAAAGGACAAGUCUCCUUAACGACAGAAUUAACUCGAAUAGCUUCAAGUAAAAUCACAGAUGGUGUGGUGAAAUUCCAGCAGCGAUUUGUGUUCCCUGUUCGUUUUGGUGGAACGAUGAUAGAGCACUGGUGGAGCUCUGACCUUGCUUUUAAAAUCUACAUGCGAAAAAGCACACAAAGAAAGCCAGUGGCCAUUGGCUCAGCGGCGCUUCAGCUGUGCAAGGUCAUUCAGUCAGAACUCCUCACUUUCAGCUGUGAAAUACCUGUAGAAAAAGAGGGAGAUCAGAUACAAGUUGGACCGCUGAAGGUAUGUUUUAUUAUUACAUGGGCUUUGUGCUAAACCACCUGUUGUUACUUAUUUUGGCUAGAUUUUUUUUUUAUUUUAUAUUUUCUCCUUUAAUUCGUCGAGUCUCAGAUU